GAAACAGCGCCGUAGAGAGUCUCCGCCCUUGCUCUAUUGCGCUUGCGUAGGCAUGGCGGCGCCCAGUUCGGCGAUGGAGGCGGCUGCGCUGGGACCGGAGGAACUAGUAUGCGCGCGGGGGCGGAACCGCAAAGCCGUGCUUUGCCAGCGCUGCGGUUCCCGCGUCCUUUUGCCCGGAGCUGCAACCUUCACCCGCAGAGAGCUUUUCCUUCCUUCUAUGAAGAAGAAGACAGCUUUGGUGGCAAACAGUGACCUAGAAGGGGAUGUCUUGCAGGACCAUUGGCUAGUUGAGGACAUGUUUUCUUUUGAAAAUGUUGGUUUCACCAAGGACGUUGGAAAUGUGAAGUUCCUUAUCUGUGCAGACUGUGAAAUUGGUCCUAUUGGCUGGCACUGCUUGGAUGAUAAAAAAAGUUUUUAUGUGGCCUUGGACCGUGUUUCUCAUGAAUGAAAUAUUGAUAGGUGACCAGAAGUGGCCCCUGGAUACCUGGUUAGGCCACAUUCUAAUUAACUUACUUUCCAAGUUCAUGGUCUCAACACGCAGGCUUGAAAAUGACACAAGCCUGAUGCAUCAAUGGAAGUAUUUGCUUGUAUUGCUUGUUCAGUUGCAACUCAUUUGAACCUGACCAAAUUUGUGCUGAUAUUUAAUAACUUGAAAUUAUGUGCAUAUACUUUGAAACAUGCCAUUCCAUGCAAAUUAGUGAUUCAACUUUCUUGGUGAAAAAGAAAGAUACCCUGAAUUUUGUCCUCUGAAAAGUAAGUGUAUAAUGCAACAGGGAAUAGGGCUUAUGCUUUCUUGGGAGAGAAGAGAACAUACAAUAUUGUAAUUUAUGGUUUUCUGUUCUAUUUGAGAUGAAAGGGUAAACAUUUCUGAUUUUGAUGUUUACAGACAUUUGAUGUUUAUGGAUAUCUGAAUUUUCAUUUCAUGAUCAUUGUCUGUUACUAAAAGCCAACCAUUAGUGCUGGACAUAUUAAAUAGUCAUUCUUAAACUGCAGGAAGUAAUCAUCAUGGAAAAUGUAAACAGUGAAUUUUUGAAUUGAAUUGAAAUCAUGCAUUUAAAUUUAUGUAACGUCUAUCAGCCUGUUGCCAGAGUGGUAAGAACCUGCUCCUUUUGGCUAAUGACAAAGGGCUCACUUUAACAGGAUGUAAUCUUACUUUUUCUGUAUAGAGCUUCCAUGAUCCUUUUUUUCUAAAGCUCCUGUAACACAACUCACUACGGAUGGCCCUUGUAAUGAUAUGGUUAAUGAAUCAUCCAGCAUUUAGCCUAGUUAAGAAUGCUAUCUGAAUGUGGGUCUUGUAUUUUUCAUCUGUGUAGAAGAAAAUAGAGAACUAAGCCAUGAUUUGUUUUAUUCUCUGGUUUCUGUGGUGUACUAAACCCCUCAUUUGGAUGUCAGGCUUAGACUGUUCUCUAAUGCCUGGGAGUAGGUGGGUGUUGAACCAAUCAUUUGUCUUUUGUUAUCUUGUACUGUAUGUUUUCGGGAUAUGCAUGCUUCUUCUUUGUUCAGUUUAAUGGUUCCUUUUUAUUUUAAUUGUAAGACACCCGAGAUCGUUUGGACUUGGGCAGCCUCUAAAUUUCAAUAAAUAAAAGUAGGCUGUGUGAAA